AUGUCUGCCGGCGAAGAAGAUUUGAUCGAUUACUCCGAUGAGGAACUCGCAACAACAGAGGCACCAGCACCAGCUGCUGGCACGAAUGGAGGUGUUAAGGGUGAUUCGGGAAAUUUGACGGUAUCUGGAAAUUCAGCUGCAGCCAAGAAAGGCAGUUAUGUUGGUAUCCAUUCGACUGGUUUCCGCGAAUUUUUAUUGAAACCGGAGCUUCUACGAGCCAUCUCCUGGUGCGGAUUCGAACAUCCUUCGGAGGCGCGUCCGUCCAUCUCGCAAGCAAGAAUGAAUACUCUCUGGUCAAAACUUCUGCAAGUUACGAGCGGUCCUGGAAUGUCUCUACCGGCCCGAUACAAAAUUCGGAUUGAUGGCAAACAUAUGCUUCAGCAAGUCUGUAUUCCCCAAGCGAUUCUUGGAACAGAUGUCCUCUGCCAGGCCAAAUCUGGUCUCGGUAAAACCGCCGUUUUCGUCCUCACAACUCUACAACAAGUCGAGGUAGUCGCCGGUGAAACAUCCGUACUUGUGAUGUGCCACACUCGUGAAUUGGCUUACCAAAUUCGAAAUGAAUAUCAACGCUUCUGUCAUUUCAUGCCUGAUGUCAAGAUUGGCGUAUUCUAUGGUGGAGUUCCUAUCAGCAAAGAUGUUGAGGUAUUGAAGAACCCCGAGACACACCCACACAUCAUCGUCGGCACCCCAGGUCGAUUGAACGCCCUUGUUCGAGACAAAUACUUGCGCCUCAACAGCGUCAAGGUUUUCGUUCUCGAUGAGUGUGACAAGAUGUUGGACCAAAUUGAUAUGCGUCGUGAUGUGCAGGAAAUCUUCAGAGCCACCCCACCACAAAAACAAGUCAUGAUGUUCAGUGCCACUCUUUCUCAAGAGGUUCGACCUAUCUGCAAGAAGUUCAUGCAAAACCCUCUCGAAAUCUAUAUUGACAAUGAGACGAAACUUACACUUUAUGGUCUUCAACAAUAUUACAUCAAGUUAGAAGAAAGAGAGAAGAAUAGACGCCUUAAUGAAUUGCUUGAUGAGCUUUCCUUCAACCAAGUUAUCAUUUUCGUCAAGAGCACAGUUAGAGCCACUGAAUUGGACAAACUCUUGCGCGAAUGUAACUUCCCAUCGGUUGCAAUCCACUCUGGUGUCAGCCAAGAGGAACGUAUCAAGCGUUUCAAUGACUUCAAGGAUUUCAACAAGCGUAUCUGUGUUGCUACUGAUGUGUUUGGUCGUGGUAUUGAUGUCAACAAGAUCAACUUGGCUAUCAAUUACGAUCUCCCACCUGAUGCAGACUCAUACCUUCAUCGUGUUGGUCGUGCUGGUCGUUUCGGAACCAAGGGUCUUGCCAUAUCAUUCGUCAGCAGUGAGGCAGACCAAGAGGUUCUUAAGGCUGUUGAGAAGAGAUUCGAAGUUGCACUUCCAGAGUACCCUGAGGGAGGUGUCGAAGCCGCUGCAUACACCAAGACCGACUAA